AUGACAACCACGGUUUCUCCUUUAGUUUCACCAGAGGUUGUUUCUCAACUGAACCAGGUUUUGUCAAACUUGGGUUCCAACGACAACAAUCUUCGUUCAAGUGCAGAGAAACAAUUGAAUGAACAGUGGAUCGCACAACAACCGGACUUACUGCUACUCUCGUUGGCACAGCUUGGAAGAACACAUAAAGAAACUCACGUAAGGAUCCGCUUAAAGUACCGUUCAUUUUCAUUUGUAUUGUUACGGAGACUAGCAUUCAAAGCACCAAAUCAAGCCUCAAAACUUGAUGAAUUAACUAUUUGGGACCUUCUUCAAGAACAAAGUAGGCAAGCUAUCAAAAAUGAAUUAUUAAUAUCUUUAUCAGUAGAACAAGAAAAUACAGUGCGUCAUAAAGUUUGCGAUGCUAUCUCCGAGGUAGCUAAAAAUUCAUUUCUUAAAGGACAAAAGUGGAGCGAACUACUUACCGCACUUAUUGAAGCAAGCAAAACACCUUCUGCAGAACAUCGCGAAGCUGCUUUACGUAUAUUUUCUGCGGUCCCUAAUCUUUUAACUGAUAUACAAAUAAAUGAAGUUAAGCAAGUAUUCUCAGCUAACUUACAAGAUACCAAUAACGCGGCUAUACGUAUGGCUGCAUUAAAAGCUGCGGUCGCUUUUAUGUUGGAAACAGAUCAACAAAGCAGAAACUCCUUUGCUGAAUUGAUGCCACAGAUGUUAGAGGUGCUUUCUCCACUUAUAGCACAACGCGAUGAAGAUGGCUUGGUAGAUGGCAUUAUGGUGUUCAUAGAACUAGGAGGUAUAAUCAUUUCCUUCAAAGCAUUAGGUUCGGUAGUUAAUGGAUAUCCUAGAAAGUAA